AUUAUUUUUAUAACUUAAAACUCAAAAGAAUAUGAAAAAGAGCAUGAUACAGUAAUGUUUAAAAUUUUAAUGCUUGAGUGCUUCGUUUACUUGUAUUGUAUUCAAUUCUUAUGAACUGAAUUUCAAUCGAUAUAUACCUGUGCAUUACAAAAGUAUAUUUUUGUGUAUAUUAUACUUUUUAAAUAAAAUGUAUUUAGUAUAAAUGAAAAAUAACGAAAUCGUUUAUUCAAUUAUUUAUAAGAAUAAAAAAAGAACUUUAAGGUAUUAAUAGUUUUUAAAAAUGGAAGCUAAAACUGAUUACAAAGAAGCAGAAAUGGUACACACAUCAGAUGUUUCUCUCAGUUCUGAUUUGGAGUUGUUAAAAAGCAAUGAUUUUCCUGACAUCAAGAAGUUUGAUAUAAUUCUGAAAUUAAUUCAAAAUGACUACUCUCCAGCUACUGACAUUAUCAGUCUUAUUCUAAACUUGCUAGUGGGAGGUGAGUUUGAUAUGGAAUCUAAUUUUGUUUUAAAAUCAUCUGAAAACAUAAAAGUCAUGAUUGAACUACUCGAUCACUGUUCGCAACGCUUUCAGGCUGAAUUUUGGAGCAUGUUCAAUGCCGUCCUUAAAAAAACAAUAAGAAACUUAGAGAAGUGUACAGAAGCAAAUAUGAUUAUGUUAAUUCUAGACAGACUUCAUAACGUAAAUAAUAUUGUUGCCGAAAUAUUAGUGGAGCUGUUAACUGCUCUUGCUAAUUACAGCAUCAAAGUAAAAGAAUUAAAAUAUUUAUUUAAAAGCAUGAAAGCGAAAGAUGGUGUUUGGCCGAAAAAUUCUGGUAAAUUAUUACAAGUCUUAAGUCAACUACCAAAUCGAAGUGGGCCGAACGUGUUUUUCAGCUACCCAGGGACUGAAGGAUCGGCUCUUCUUUUGCCUCCUCUUUCGAAAUGGCCAUAUGAAAAUGGUUUUACAUUUUCAACAUGGUUCAGAUUAGAUCCAAUCAAUUCAACUAAUAUAGAGAGAGAAAAACCGUAUUUGUACAGUUUUAAGACUUCAAAAGGAAUAGGUUACACAGCUCAUUUCGUAGGAAAUUGUUUAGUUUUAACAUCAAUCAAAGUAAAAGGAAAGGGAUUUCAACACUGUGUAAAAUAUGAGUUCCAACCAAGAAAGUGGUACAUGAUUGCCAUUGUUUAUAUAUAUAAUCGAUGGACGAAAAGUGAAAUAAAAUGUUUAGUGAAUGGUCAACUAGUCUCAAACACUGAUAUGGCUUGGUUUGUUUCAUCAAACGAGCCAUUUGACAAGUGCUAUAUUGGUUCGACAUCAGAACUCGAUACAAGUAAAACUUUUUGUGGACAAAUGGCAGCCGUUUAUUUGUUCAACGAAGCUCUAACGACUCAACAAAUUUGUGCAAUCCAUAGGAUGGGAGCGGGAUACAAGUCACAAUUUCGAUUUGAAAAUGAAGGUUCUUCAAACUUACCGGACACUCAAAAGAGGGUUCUUUACGAUGGAAAACUAUCUUCAUCAAUAGUAUUUAUGUACAAUCCUGUAGCAACUGAUGGUCAAUUGUGUUUACAGUCUGCUACUAAAGGAAAUGUUUCAUAUUUUGUACAUAGUCCACACGCAUUGAUGCUAAAGGACGUAAAAGCUAUCGAAACAUACUCUAUUUAUUCAACACUUAAUUCUGUAGGAGGCAUUCAAGCUUUAUUUCCUUUGUUUGCUCAAUUAAAUUUGCCACAUGCAGAUAAUGAUAAUAGAGCCAACACUAAAAUAUGUGUUGAUCUUUUAAAUUUUGUUUGUGACUUAGUUGAAGCAUCACAUACUGUCCAGCAUCACAUGAUCCAAAACAGAGGGUUUUUAGUAAUAUCUCAUAUCAUUCAAAAUUCAACAGCAGAAAAUUUAAACCUUGAAGUUUUGAAUGCUUUCUUAAAACUCACAAAGUUUUUGGUGACUUGCUCUUCGUCAAAUAGUGAUUUACUUUUGAAACAGAUGCUAGAUCAUGUAUUAUUCAAUCCGUCAUUGUGGAUAUUUACUCCAGCAUUGGUUCAAACACGUCUUUAUUGUUACUUGGCAACUGAAUUUUUAAAUGACACUCAAAUUUAUAGUAGCAUCAGACGAGUGAGCACCGUUCUUCAAACAAUGCAUACAUUGAAAUAUUUUUAUUGGAUUGUAGAUCCUUCAGAUGGAAGUGGUGUCGUUCCUAAAGGAAUUGGCGGUCAUCGACCAUGUCAAAAAGAAAUAAUAACAAUCAGAGCAUAUAUAUUAUUGUUCUUAAAACAAUUAAUAUUGAUCGGAAAUGGACCAAAAGAUGAUGAAUUGCAAAGUAUUUUGAAUUAUUUAACAACUGUUAAUGAGGACGAAAAUUUGCACGAUGUUUUGCAAAUGUUAAUAUCCUUACUUUCUGAAAGUCCAAGUGUAAUGGUUCCAUCAUUUGAUGCCAAAAAUGGAAUACGUACUGUUUUUAAGUUACUCAUGUCGGAAAGCCAUAUAAUACGAUUACAAGCACUCAAGUUACUAGGCUUCUUUUUAUCAAGGAGCACACACAAGCGGAAAUAUGAUGUCAUGUCACCGAAUAAUUUGUACACAUUAUUGUCAGAAAAGUUGUUAGUACACGAAGAUACAAUAACACUUUCAACUUAUAAUGUCCUGUAUGAAAUAAUGACAGAACAUUUAUCAUUACAAAUUAUGCACUCGAAACAUGCAGAACCAGAAAAUCAUUUACGGUUAGAAAAUCCUAUGAUGCUGAAAGUUGCAGCUACUUUGAUUCGACACUCAAAACCUACAAAUCAGUUAUUAGAAGUCAAAAAAUUAUUCUUAACGGAUUUAAUGAUGCUUUGUAAUAAUAACCGUGAUAAUCGUAGAACAGUUUUGCAAAUGUCUGUUUGGCAAGAAUGGUUAAUAUCACUUGCUUAUAUUCAUCCGAAAACCGUUGAAGAGCAAAAUAUAUCUGACCUGAUAUAUUCACUAUUUCGAAUGCUCUUACAUCAUGCUAUUAAGUAUGAAUUUGGUGGCUGGAGAGUUUGGGUCGAUACGUUAGCUAUUGUGCAUUCCAAGGUUUCUUAUGAAGAGUUUAAGCUACAAUUCACACACAUGUUUGAGCAAUAUGAAAAGCACCGUGCAGAUAACUUUACAGAUCCAGAAUUAAGGCAAGCAUGUCCCAUCAGCAUGAUAAGUGGUUGGGAGAAUGUUGAUAGUAAAUCAUCGUCCAAUAGUAAAACAAAUAGCACACAAAAUGGAUCUCUAGCAAAUAUAUGUAGGAGUUUACACAUGGAAAACGAAGAUAUGCAAAACAAAUAUAACAAUAGCUUAAUGACUAUUAUAUCAGAAUAUGAUGAGUCUGUUAAACCAAAUACAGCAGAUCAUACUAAUGAUUACAGCAAAGAAACCAUUAAAAGCGAAAAUGUAUUUGAAUUAGCGAACGAAAUAUUGGAGGACAUAAUUAAAGAAGUAGAAUGUAUUUCAAGCUCUAAUAUCAAAUUUUCGACAACAAACCUUAUUGAAGAAAAUCUAAGUAAAAGUAUGGAUGAUAAAGAAAAACGCGAACUGAAAAUGAACGAAAUAAAUGAUGUAAUUAAUGACUUAGUUAACAAAACAAUUAUUUACAUGUCCCGCUUAUCAACAUCAGAAGUUGAUAAUGUCAAAGAGAAAAAACGAUUAUCGAAUACAAGUACGGGCAAACCAACAUUUAGUCCAGGUCCUUCUACGCCGCCGUUCCGUAUACCAGAGUUCAAAUGGUCUACCAUUCAUCAAAGACUUUUGUCUGAUUUAUUAUACUCUUUAGAAGCUGACAUUCAAACAUGGAGAAACCAUUCAUCAAAAAGUAUUUUAGAAUUUGUAAAUUCAUCAGACAAUGCAGUAUUUGUAGUAAACACAGUUCAUAUGAUAUCACAAUUGGCAGACAAUCUAAUAAUUGCUUGUGGAGGACUUUUACCCUUGCUAGCCAGUGCUACAUCUCCAAGUAACGAACUGGAUGUACUUGAGCCUGCUCAAGGAAUGCCCUUAGAUGUGGCUUCGAUAUAUAUACAACGUUUAGUAAACCUUGCUGACGUUUUGGUAUUUGCCAGUUCAUUAAAUUUUAGUGAAUUAGAAGCAGAAAAGAAUAUGUCACACGGAGGGAUUCUUCGGCAAUGUCUUCGAUUGGUUUGUACAAGCGCUGUCCGAAAUUGCUUGGAUAAUAAAAUGCGAGCCAAACCAAAUUAUUUUGAUGUUUCAUCUCAAACAAAACAAGGUACAACUGCAAAUAUCCAAAAGCAUUUGUCAUCGGAAGAUCUUAUUAGAUCUAGAAUAAUUAGUUCAGUGAAAGAUCCAGAGAAAUUGCUUCAAGAAAUGGAUGUGAACCGAUUGAGAGCAGUUAUUUACCGAGAUGUAGAAGAAGCGAAACAAGCUCAAUUCUUAGCUUUGGCAAUCGUAUAUUUUGUGUCUGUUUUAAUGGUGUCCAAAUAUAGAGAUAUAUUAGAACCACCAUUAGAACAGCACAUACCUGAUCAAACGUUAGAAAAAUAUAUUGAUGACGAAAAAGAAGAAAAGGACGACUACGAAGAUAAUAAUGGUACUUGUCAUGAAGUACAAAAUGACAUAGAUUCAAGUGGACCACCAUCAUUAAAGAAUUCAGAAUCGGACACGGGCUCUUUCAAUUUCCAUCUUAAUGAUAGUGAGUCUUUAACUGAAAUUGGCACAAAUACAAACAAGACAAAUGAGGAAAACUGGAUUGAUGUUAAUUUAAAUGAUGUAGAAGGGAAUCCUGAUAAAGUUUUGCCAAGAGAAUCCAUCAAUGCUGAUUUUAUUAAAAAACGAAGAUCCCUAACAGAAGAAAAGAUACCUGGGCACUGUAUGCAUUCCAGGCCAUUAAAUGCUGAUCAUUUAAAUGUUAAUCCACGAGAAAUAAAUUUAACGCAAAAGUUGGAAAUAUCCCUAGGAACUGUGUGUCCACUUUUGAGGGAAAUUAUGGUCGACUUUGCCCCUUUUUUGUCUAAAACUCUACUAGGAUCUCACGGGCAAGAGCUUUUAAUAGAAUGUAAAGGACUGAGUACCUUUAAAAACAGUACAUCGGUCGUAGAGUUGGUAAUGUUAUUAUGUUCUCAAGAAUGGCAAAACAGUCUUCAAAAACACGCAGGUUUGGCAUUUAUAGAGUUGAUAAAUGAAGGAAGAUUGCUAUCCCAUGCAAUGAAAGACCACAUUGUAAGAGUAGCUAAUGAAGCUGAUUUCAUAUUAAAUAGGAUGAGGGCAGACGAUGUGCUUAAGCAUGCGGACUUCGAAUCUCAAAGUACACAAACCCUCUUAGAAAGACGCGAAGAAGAGCGAAUGUGUGACCAUUUAAUUACAGCAGCAAGAAGACGGGACACUGUCAUUGCAAAUAGAUUACUAGAGAAAACUAAGUCAAUUUUACAAAGCAAACAUGGAGCGUGGUCUGAGCCCAAGAACCCGAACCUAUUUUGGAGAUUAGAUACUUGGGAGGACGAUUCAAGAAGAAGAAAACGUUUCAUUCAGAAUCCAAAGGGGAGCUCCCACAGAGAAGCUUCAAUAAAUACUAACAGACAAACGGUACAUACUCCAAAAGUAGAAGAAGCGUUGACGCAGGUUACAUGUAGCAAAAAUCACAUAAAUGAUUUAUCGGAUGAGACAGAACUCAUUCUUGAUGAUCGAGAAAUUGAUUUGGACCUCUCAGGUCCAGUAAAUAUGAGUCUAAAGGCUUUACUAAUUGCUCCAUGUAUUACUAUGCCUGGAAAUAUAUCUAUAACAAACACAGAAUUGUACUUUGAAGCUGAUGAAGACAGUGCUGAAUUUCAAAGUCUUGAUAAGCAUACUAUGAGUUACUGUGAAAAUCUACAUGGAAAAUGGUAUUUCUCUGAAAUGCGUGCCAUUUUUAGUAGAAAAUACAUGUUUAAGAACACAGCUUUGGAAAUAUUUCUAGCUAGUCGAACUUCAGUAAUGUUUUCAUUCACUGAUUAUCAAACAGUAAAAAAGGUUGUCAAAGCAUUACCACGAGUUGGAGUAGGUAUAAAAUAUGGAAUCGCACAAACAAGAAGAGCUAGUCUAAUGACACCCAAACAAUUGAUGAGAAACUCUAACAUGACUGGAAAAUGGCAGAGAAGAGAGAUAUCCAACUUUGAGUACAUUAUGUUUUUGAAUACAAUAGCAGGGCGAACCUACAAUGAUUUGAAUCAAUAUCCAGUUUUUCCAUGGGUAUUAACCAACUAUGAAAGUAAAGAAAUUGAUUUAAAUGUUCCGUCAAACUAUCGAGAUUUAUCGAAACCCAUUGGUGCACUUAAUCAAAGUAGAAAAGAUUAUUUCCAAGAAAGAUAUGAGAAUUGGGAUGUUCCUGGAAUUCCACCAUUUCAUUACGGAACUCAUUAUUCUACUGCAGCUUUUGUUUUGAAUUGGUUAAUAAGAAUAGAGCCAUUCACAACUAUGUUUUUGUCUUUGAAUGAUGGUGUAUUUGACCAUCCUGAUCGAAUGUUUUCAUCUGUUAGCUUAUCAUGGAAAAACUGUCAAAGAGAUACUUCAGAUGUUAAAGAACUAACACCAGAAUGGUACUUUUUACCGGAAAUGUUUUAUAACGAUUCAAAUUACAAUUUUGGCAUCAGAGAGGAUAAUCAUACGGUUCACGACGUUGAGCUUCCUCCUUGGGCAAACAAUUCGGCGGAACAAUUUGUCCGCAUAAAUCGUAUGGCUUUGGAAUCAGAAUAUGUAUCUUGUCAAUUACAUCAUUGGAUUGAUCUUAUUUUCGGAUAUAAACAAAGAGGACCGGAAGCCGUCCGAGCAACUAAUGUAUUUUAUUACUUGACUUACGAAGGAUGUGUAGAUCUAGACUCUAUUAAUAAUGUGGUUACCAGAAAUGCGGUUGAGAGUCAAAUAAAACACUUUGGACAAACACCCAGUAUGCUAAUGGUUGAGCCACAUCCUCCUAGAAGUGCUGGCAUUCUAUUAGCUCCUAUGAUGUAUAAUCCCGUUCCGGAUGAUAUUUGCAUGUCAUUAAAGUUUCAACAACAUUCAUCGAUCCUUCAUAUUUCUGCAAAUACGUAUCCACAACUUACUACCCCUAUGGUUGUUACAAUUAGUGCAAAUUAUCAAUUUGCAUUGAAUAAAUGGAACUCGAAUAGACCAAACUCACCAUUUAAUGAAGCCAAUAACUUUGCUUUUAAUCCGUUAAUAAUGGAUCCUUAUUUCGUACAUCCCAUGAAUUAUACAGCAUUGAGUUCAAAACGCCAUAUGGGAGAUAAUUUUAGUCAAAAAAUCAAAAUGCGAUCAAAUUGUUUUAUAACAACAGUUGAUAGUCGAUUCUUAAUUGCUUGUGGCUUCUGGGACUCGAGUUUUCGAGUUUAUUGCACUGAUAAUGCAAAAAUUACCCAAAUCAUUUUCGGACAUUUUGAUGUUGUAACUUGUUUAUCACGAUCAGAAUGCAAUAUAACUUCAGAUUGUUAUAUCGCAUCGGGAUCGGCCGAUUGUACAGUAUUGCUUUGGCAUUGGAAUGCUAGAACUCAGUCUAUUGUUGGUGACAGUGAUAUACCUACACCUCGUGCUACUCUUACUGGACAUGAUAACUCGAUUAUUUCAGUGGUCAUCAGCGCAGAACUUGGUAUUGUGUUGUCUGCAUCAGAAGAUGGACCGAUAUUGGUGCACACAACUUUUGGAGAUUUGUUAAGAUCAUUAGACGUACCAGACGUGCUUGCAUCUCCUGAAAAUAUUGCAUUGUCUAGAGAAGGAACUAUUAUAGCUAGUUAUAAAAUGGGACAUAUAGCAGCUUUUACUAUAAAUGGCAAAUUACUUAGACAUGAGCUUCAUGAUGACUACAUCCACUGUUUCUUGAUGUCUAGAGAUGGUGAAUAUCUUAUUACAGGAGGAGAGAAUGGGAUCGUUGAAAUAUGGAGAACAUUUAAUUUGUCUCAUCUUUAUGCAUUUGUAGCGGCAAACAGUUCAAUAAAAUCUCUAGGAAUGAGUCAUGAUCAAAAGUAUAUUCUGGCAGGAUUGUCUAAUGGAUCCAUUGUUGUAUAUCAUAUUGACUUUAACAGGUGGCAUCAUGAAUACCGCCAGCAUUUUUAAUAGAGUAGCAUCGGAACAGAUUUAAACGCUUCUUCUUACAAACUAAAAAUAUUCAAUUUUAAAUAAUUCUUUGAUAAACAUUCCAAUAUAUUUAACAAAAUCUAAAACAAUUGUUUUAUUGCAAUGCUGCAAUUAAUUCAAUGAGAUAUGUAAAGAAUUUAUAUGACUAAUAAACAAUAAUUGUGUUGAACUGCUCUAUUUGGAUAAUAAUGAGAAUAAAUGCAUUUUAAAAUAAAUAAGCGCAACCU